CCACUUCUUGUCUCCCUUCUGCUUGUUUUCUCUUCAAAUCCGCACCUAUACAGGCACCCUUCCCCGAGCUGCUAAACAAAUUAAGGUAUGUACUUUAGUACUCGGCUCAAAAAGUCCCGGGGGUGUCAGUGUAUCACUUAAAUUGGUAAGAUGCCUACCUGCCGGCGGCAGUGCAGUGCUGCCACUUACAUACCACUUGCGGACUUGGUAGUAAUAGCAUGCUGUACAACAGUAGGACCAGGCACCUUGUUGCUGCAGAGCACAUGCCAACCUAUUCGCCAAGUACGGCGCAAACAACCUGACGAACGGCCACUUCUGCCUCGUCGUCGUCGUCGCGUCAUCUGCUUUUGGUAUGCAUGAUGCAUGUGUUGGUUGCCCCCAAAAGGCGAGACACGGCAUGAUUGGAACAGUUACCAAACCCCAAGUUUGCUUGUCUGUUUCUUAAUGAACCCGGACCACACUCCGGCCGUAACAAAAGUCAUCUCUAUGCCUUGUUCGUGUUUUCUUGCAGCGCCCGUCGUCCUUGGCAGAGCUGUGGCUGCUCUCCUGCCAAUAGUGAUGUGCGGGAUGGUGGCGUGGCGUCUUUCUCCCUGACUAGGAGUCAAUAAAAUAGUUCACAGUGGAAAAGCUCAGAUGAAGAAGAAGAAUAAAAAGUGACAGGUUUCUUUUGGGGUGCAGUAGGGAGCAAUAUUUGAUGGAGUAGAAGAAAAAGAAAGGAAAUGAGCACCGGUGGCAAAGCUAGCAGAGACAGAUCUCAGCCACAGCUGACAAGGACCAGCCAGAUUUCUGCAAAGCUCAGCUGGCAAUCGUAACCUGGUGUGCCUUACAUGAAGCUGUCUCCUUGUCAAGGGAACUUUUAUCAAAUCUAAUU